AUGAGAUAUUUGGACUACAACCAACAAGCAGCUCGCGUGUUGAGCGCUGUUUCCUUGGGGGCACCCAACUGCCCUGAGUGCCCUGUGGGGGAUCCGGGGGGCGGUGGAGGCGAUGGGUGUAGUAGCCGAGAUAAGCCUCAAGUUGUGGACGUCUGGGCUUAUAAUUUUGAGGAGGAAGCUGAAAUCAUGCGUAACGUGGUGGAGAAGUAUCCUUACAUAGCGAUGGACGUCAGACUGCCUGGGAUCGUUGCGAGACCAACUGGUCCUUUCGAGAAUACAGACGAGUACAACUACCGGUUCAUGAAGGCAAAUGUGGAUCUUGUGAAGAUAGUACAAGUAUGCUUUUCCUUUGCCGACGCUCGAGGGAACUGUGCACCCCAUCCACUCCUGGGUCCUGGGAGAUGUUGCUGGAAACUUAAUUUCAAGUUCAACUUGCUGACUGAUCUCUAUGCGGCCGACAGGGUUGAAGUACUGGGCAGUUCGGUCGAAGUUGGCGGUGCCGGGCUUGAUUUUGCAGCUACCAUGCACAGAGGCAUUGAGCAUGAGGCUUUUGGGGAGUUCCUUAUGUCCAGUGGAAUCGUUUUGUCAGAGGAAGUUGCGUGGCUGGUCAGCUCUGGUGGUAUCGUCUUCGCAUCUCUGCUUAAAAUCCUCACUGGGAAGCCCUUGCCGGAUCAUCAUAGUCAAUUCAGCGAGCUCGUGGCGGAGCCCCAGUUACUCUGCGUAUGA